AUGGCCGACGACAAGAAGAGCGGCGACGCCGUCGAGAUGGAGCGUCUGGUUGAGGAGCCGCCCUCGCCGACGCUGCCCACGGUGAAUCCAGAUGCCGAAGCGAGCAAACCGGCUGGCAUGUUCCUCCCGCCGUGGCUCUAUGUCGUCGCCUGGAUCUCCUUUUCCUCGCUGGUGAUUUUGUUUAACAAAUGGGUGCUUGACACUCUCAAAUUCAGAUAUCCCGUCAUCCUCACAACAUAUCACCUCUUCUUUGCCACCGUUGUGACCCAAAUCAUGGCGCGCUACACCACCAUGCUCGACAGUCGCAAGGCCGUCAAGAUGACGGGCCGCAUUUACCUGCGCGCCGUCGUCCCCAUCGGCGUCUUCUUCAGCGCCAGUCUUAUUCUGAGCAACAUCGCCUACCUGUACCUCUCCGUGUCCUUUAUUCAGAUGCUCAAGGCCACCACGCCCAUGGCCGUCCUCCUCUCUGGCUGGGCCCUCGGCGUCUCCCAGCCCACGCUCAAGCAGGCCGCCAAUGUCUCCAUCAUUGUCCUUGGCGUCAUCAUUGCUUCGAUCGGCGAGAUUGACUUUGUCCUUGCCGGCUUCCUCAUUCAGCUCGGCGGUGUAAUGUUCGAGGCUUUGCGUUUGACAAUGGUCCAGCGUCUGCUGUCGGGCGACCUCAAGAUGGACCCUCUCGUCUCGCUCUACUACUUUGCGCCCGUGUGCGCCGCGCUCAACGGUGUCAUCGCCCUCGUCACCGAGGUACCCCGGUGCACCAUGGCCGAUGUGCUCAACGUCGGUCUGUCUACCUUCUUCCUCAAUGGUCUCUGCGCCUUCAUGCUCAACGUCUCCUUGGUGCUACUUAUUGGCAAGACCUCGGCCGUUGUGCUGACAAUCUGUGGUGUGCUCAAGGAUAUCUUGCUCGUCGUCGCGUCCAUGGUUAUUUUUGGAUCGCAGGUCACGGCGCUUCAAUUCUUUGGCUACUCGAUUGCGCUGGGUGGCAUGGUCUACUACAAGCUUGGACACGAACAAAUUAAGAGCCAUCUUGCUGAUGCGAAUCGUCAGUGGUCAGCAUUCGGUGCCGAGAAGCCUAUACUCCGCCGGAUCAGCAUCGUCGUAUUAGCUGUUUUUGUUGGAUUAGCUUUGCUCGGUGGAUUGAGAAGUGCCAUGUAA